CCAAGCACACACUUCACAGGAACGUGUACAAGUGUUGAUGGUACAUGUAAAGCAGCUUUCCGAGCCCACAAAGAUAAAAGCACUCGACUUUGGACUGCGCAAAAUGAGACAAAAUCAACAAGACGAGAACACCGUGCUUGAAAAGCUCAACCAGUUGAACCCUCUUGUGGCCAAGAGGUUUCAGUCGAAAUCGACAGCAGUAUCAAAAUUUAUCCUACGUCUUGCUGAUGUCACAUCUGUCUCGUGGGGGAUGAAAAAAGAUCAGCACAACCUCUUACAGACAUAUGAUCUCCCUCUGGCUGUACUUCGGGACUGGUCCCUUGCUCGAAAGCUUCAUUCUGGCCCACAGGAUCCCGAUUCGACCAGUUUUAUCGCAGUCAGCUACUGCUGGCGUGAUGGCUCCUGGCCACCCAUUAACUCGUUAACAGAUACAGGUAGCCCAUUGACCCUGGAGAUGUGGAGGGCGAUCUCGGAACUCCGCAGUUCAGACGACGAGGGUAUAUGGCUGGACCAAUUGUGUGUCAACCAGAAAGAUGAACGCGAAAAGCAGGACGCCAUCAUUGCCAUGGAUAUCCUCUAUCAGAGCGCCAGGAUUGUCGUCAUUGUUCUUGAAGAUAUCUCUCUUAGCAUUGCAGAUGUGGAACUUUGCCAAAAAUGUGCCAGUGGCUUUUCCCUGGACAAGGACAAGGACAACCAUUCGAUGACUAUGGCAGAUUAUUACAGGCUCAGGGAAAUCUUUCAAAGGAUCAUAAAGGCACGGCUUUUUUCGCGAGCAUGGUGUAUGCAGGAAUACCUGAAGUCUGAUGAUGCUUUUUUGCUAGUCAGGGUCACCGAGUCUCUACGUAUUGUAGCAAUACCAGGUUUGUUAUUUUUGGUCGCUCUUGGAAAACCCAUGUGUCAUUCUACGGAGCAUGUUGGGACUGGUGAUAGCAUUGAUGAUAGCAUCCAGAACACAACUACCGACGCAUGGCCACCAGCAUCUGACAUUAAAGCCCCUUCUUGGCCGACGCUCGGGACCAGCUAUCCUUUAAAUUAUUCGUACUUGCUUGCUUACUGGUUGGCCAUGAAUGCGAGCAUAGAGCCUGACAAGGUGGCAAUUGCUCUGAACCUCAGCGGACUUGAUCUAUCCUUGGACACGUCAGGUUUAUCUGCGGACGCUUGUUGCUAUGCAUAUUGCUUAGUGGCGCUCGCGGCAGGUGAUUGGAGUCCUUUGUGUAACAGAGGAGAGUUGUUGCUCACUCGAUUCAAUCUGCGUUCGCCUUUCGAUAGCGACACAGGAAGCUUACAGGCCGGUUGGCUGCGGCGACCAAAUUCUGCUAGUCGCCUCAGUCUCUCAGAGUUUUCUUUUCCAGCGGUCAGUGACAAGCACAAAAUACAGGUGUCCUUUGACAAACUUGAAUUGGAUAUGAGGAUGCUUGCUGGUCAAUGGACCGAGCAAAACCCGCAUCAGUAA